AUGGCGGAUCCUGCCCGGGUGACACGUCGGUUGCCGGGUGCCGAGCUCGAACGAAGGCGUCGAGGACUCGUCGAGGCUAUCGAGGUUGUCGAGGUUGCCGAUGAUCCCGACGUGUAAAAGUUCCAAAAAAGGUGGUUUGGGCAAUAUAUACGCAACUGAGCCGGGGCGUUUCAACUAACUGGCCCUGGUAGCGUAGUGGUAUAUCGCGGGCGACUCCAGUGAUGGACAUCGUCAGGUCUUCGGUUCAAAUCCGAAUCGGGGCUUUCUUUUUUAAGUCCAUCUUCGUUCCCCUUUUUUGUUCUUCGUAGCUGCUCCUCUUGUUUUGCUCCUCCUGCCGUGACGAAAAGAAACGUCAUGUCACACUUACGAUAAGCUCCCUGGACUUUUGCGUACUGUUUCUUUUCUUUUUUUCCCCCCUACCAUAGCGACUCUGAGCGAAAUGGCUUUGAGAGCCUCUGCGGCUCUGUUUCCUCCCACCGCGCGUGACUUCGAGAUCGGCCCGUUGGUCAUGUCGCCGUAUGCGAAUCGCAUGGGCUCACCGCCCCUACCACCGCCGGGGAUCGAGAACGAGCCCGCUGCAGCUGCUAGGAAUACCGCCGUCAACAAGCAGGUCGCAUGGUCGCCGCCCAAGAAGAAGUCCGGGGUGAUGUGGAAGGGCAAGGACAAGGCGAUCAUGUCAACUGACGAUGCUGGAGCGCGACUGAUGCCGGGUAUGGGCAACAUCACUUAUCGUCACUUCCUGGGUAAUCAACUCAACACUCCCGUGUGAGUAUGUAUCCUUUUUCCCAGUCGGGUAUGCUCCUUGGGCGCGCUGGAGGCUUUCGUGCGACGCCGCGAUCAGGACUGCAGUGAUGCGCCUCAAUUUUUGACCUUUGUUCUACCUCUACCUACUACUGUGGUCAGACAUCCGCUUCGAACGAUAGCCCACGUUGAUAUCGAUGCAGCAUAUGCUGCGAUGGAGAUGGCUCGCUUGGGGAUAGACCCGGCGACUCCACUCGCGGUACAGCAGUGGCAAGGUCUUGUACGUUACCCCACUGCGUUUAUCUCGCGUGUUGACGUCACGUGCGCGCGUGCCUUGGACCGCGAGCGAGUGAGGUCGCGUCGAGUACGACACGAAGCUCAGCAUUUCGCUCCGUUUUUCCUCCGCAGAUCGCAGUCAACUAUCCAGCGCGCAAGUUUGGAAUCACACGUCACGAAACACCCGUCGAAGCACUCAAAAAAUGUCCUCACCUCGUCAUGGUCCACUGUGCAACCUACAAGGAAGGCGACACCGAGCCGAGCUACGACAAUUCCCAUCCGACUCCGGCGACUCACAAAGUAAGGAUAUCGACAUCCUCAUAGCUUUCGAUCGCUCCUUUUUUUUGCUGAACUUGCAGCUUCUCAGAUCUCUCUUGACCACUAUAGACGAGAGUCGCUCAAGGUAUGUAUCUGGGGAAGAAUUCGCGUGGAAGCUCUACGGAAUUGCGCUCAAACUCUCUCUGCCCUCUCCAGAUCAUCAAGGUCUUUACGUCCCACAUCCCGACAGUCGAGAAGGCUUCUAUUGACGAGUCCUACCUCGAUGCCUCACCACAAGUGCGAGAGAUUCUUCUUCAACGGUAUCCUCAGCUUGGCAAACUCCCCCCGGGUAAGACCUUGGACGACCUCGUACCGACUCCGAAAGAGCUCGGCAUCAACGCGAUCGAUUGGGAUCAGCUCGGCAACUUGAUUCCCAUAAACGGUCAAAAGAAGGAGGAUCAGCCAAAAGAGUUCAUGGCCGAGCCAAAGAAGGAAAGGGACGAAAACAUGUCGAUCGACACCGCGAGCUCGACCGACCAGACCAACUUAGAGGCAGCUUCGGCCGUCGACGUCUCUGAAGCAGAGGAGCCAGCGAUCGAGCCGAAGGAGCCCGAUCUGACUUGGUCCGACGUGGCGCUGUCUAUCGGAGCCGAACUUGUACAACGGUGUCGACGAGAUGUGCAUGAGCAGUUGGGCUACACCUGUAGUGCCGGUUUGGCUCCUAACAAGGUGCGUGGUGUCUGUCGAGACCACCAGCAGAUGCAUUUGCAUAGGACCGUGCUGACCGUUAAUGGCCACGUACAGAUGCUUGCAAAGCUGUGCUCGGCGUGGAAGAAACCGAACGCGCAGGUGGGUUUCCCAUGCGCUACCUCGUCUCGAAAUCUGUUCACACGGCCUUUUACUCAACAAGUCCCCUCACCUCAGUAGACCGUGCUCCGGUGCUGCGCCGUCCCGGCUUUCCUGCGGCCGAUGCCGUUCCAGAAAAUCCGAAACCUUGGUGGCAAACUCGGCAUCUCGGUCAAGGAAGCCUACGAUGCCGAGACGGUCAACGACCUGCUCGAUUACACGCUCGUCGACAUGCAAAGCAAACUCGGCGACGACAGCGGACUGUGGCUGUGGGAAAUCACACGCGGAUUGGACUUUGGAGAAGGUCAGUCAGCUCUGUGUUCUGGAUGAGCACCUGAGGCCGAUCGCUGAAACGGCUGCACUAAAUGCGCCAGUCGAGCCGAAAACGCAUGUCAAGUCGAUGCUUUCGAGCAAGAACUUUCGACCGACUAUCUCCAAGUUCAAAGAAGUGGUCAGUAUACCCGCCGUUCGUCAGUUCACGAACAUGUUUUUGACACAACCGACUGGAUUUGCUCCGUGUGCAGUGCCACUGGAUGAACAUCUUGGCCACCGAGCUUCACUUGCGACUGUGUGAAGCGCGCCGGCUCGAUCCAUCUCUCUGGGUAAGCCUCCGGGAACAUUUCCCUUGUACAUUCUCACAUUUGCAUCAUUGACUAAUUUGACGGACGCCAAACGCGAUUCUGCAGCCCAAAACGGUCCACUUCUCGCAUCGCUCCCCCUCUUACGUCAUCCGCACGCACCAGAUCCCGUUCCCCUACACCUCGCAACUCUCGAUCCCUUACAUCGCUAAGCAUGCCGACAAGCUCUUGCGCCUAGCAAUCCCAGAUCGACUCGAAGGCCUGAACGAACACUCGCUCGUUGGGCCGUGGAGCAACAUCCAGUUGAGCUUUGCUGGUUUGGGUAAGAAGGAAGAAGGGGUGGGUGGGAUAGAGAAGUUCUUGAUGGGUGCGCCGGGUGUUGCUGGACUUGCAGCUGCGCGAACGGACGAGAAGAGGCCGAGGACGACAAAGGAGCCGUCGAAGCAGUGGCUGGCGAAAAAGCGGAAAAAGGACGAAACACCGCACGACUUGGGUAUGAUUGAGCUCUCUGACGAUCAGUCGACUGCGGAUGAGAACGCUGAGGAGGAUGACGGCGACGAGGUUGGGGUGCAAGAGUUGGCAUGGACUUGCUCCAAAUGCACCAAGGUCUUGUCGGCCAAGGACGAGACGGCAAUGGCCAAGGCCAAAGCAGAACACAAGGACUACCAUUUCGCUCGCAGCAUGAUUGAGCGAGAACGGCAGCAGGGCCGUGACGGCGGCGCUACGGUAUUGAAGAAUGUCAAGUCGAGUCAGGCGCGCGGUGCGGCCGCUAAACUGAACGCCGCUGCGGGCAAGGCGAAGAAGCAGCAACGGUCGUCGAGUGGGAGCAUGAGCACCAAGACUGCGCCAAAGGAGGGAGUCGAGAAGGGUCAGAAGAGCUUGAAGGGUUUCUUUGGUAGGUGA